UCACCGACUUGCUUCAAUCUGUGCGUUUUUUUCACCAUAACAACUACAUUCUUCUACCUAAGUUUUUCAAUACUCUUCGUUUUAUUUACAUUACUGCUUUGAUUAAUCUGCCAAAAUGCGAUAUAGUAAGAGACUUGUCAGAUAUUUACUGUUAUUAUUUAAUUCAAUAUUUGUGAUUUGUGGACUUGCAUUGAUCGCAGUUGGAGCUUUUGGAACCACCAAGGAUAUGACACAUUUCUUAAAUAACAAAUAUAUAACGGUGCCUUACGUUAUUAUAGGAAUAGGAUGUGUUAUCUUUGUUGUAGCAUUCAUUGGAUGCUGUGGUGCACUGAGAUAUAGUCAUUUUCUGAUUUCGUUAUAUGGCCUGCUCAUAGUUAUCAUAGUCGUUGUUGAGAUUGCUGGUGGAAUUGCAGCCUAUUUGUACAAAACUGAAGUUAAAGAUUUUGUCAAACAAACCAUGAAUGAAAGCUUGGCUCAACAAAGGAAAGAUUCAGUGAAAAUUUGGCAUAAAGUGCAAACGAAAUUGCAAUGCUGUGGUGUUAAUGGCCCAAAAGAUUAUGUUGCUCAUAAGAUUAAAAUUCCAAGAAGCUGUUGCGAGUUUAGUGAGGAAGGAUGUAUUAGGAUAGAAAUAUGUCCACUUGAGGAUUGCCCUGAAACAGAUGCUUGGAAAGAAGGGUGCUUCCCUAAAAUGAUUGAGAAAAUUAAAGAUAGUAUUGAAGUUAUUGGUGGAGUUGCUAUUGGAAUUGCUGUAGUUGAGCUACUGGGAUGUAUGUUUGCUUGGUGCUUAGCGCAUGCAAUCAAGAAAGAAGAUGAAAGACGAUAAACUGUACAUUGAAAAGCUCACCAAAUCCAAUGUUAUCUUCAGUGUGUUCGACAGCGAUGUUCCAUUCUGAGUACAUUAAUUCUUUUUGACUCAAAAUUCCAUUAAUGAAAUUUUAUGUAUGUUAGACUUUUGAAAUACUGGGCGAUAUUUUAUUCAACAAAUUUUCUGUGAAAAAUUUUCAACUUAGUGCUGUUCUUAAUUUAUGUUAAUAGAUAAUAUAGA